UUUGAGAUUAAUUAAUUGAGAAAUUUCAGAAAUGGCUAUUCUGUUAGAAGAGUUACUAGAUAAGAAGAUAGGUGAAAAGAAAAAUUGAUUUAGAUACAAGCCCAAAAUUAUUACCAUGAUGAUGACCCCAAAGAACUUAAUCCUCAAAAGAAAAGAGAGGGUGAACAACGAAUGUUUCUUAGAGAAUUUAAGCUAUGACUGUAACAUGAAAACAAAUUUACCAUUCUCAAAUGAACAGAAGAUUAGGAGGAUCAAAGACUAUGAAUUUUUUGCUAAAGAGAUAAGAGAAAACUGAAAUGAAAAGAAACUAUCUUCGAGUUCGAAAUUAUCCAAAAUAAUUAAAUUAAAGAAAAGAAAGCCUCUUUUAGCAUCUAAGAGGUCUAUUGCAGGGUUGAAGAAGUUUCCAACAAAUUCUGGCUUAAGACUACCAAAAAUCCCACUUGGAAGGACAAACACAGGGUCUGUGUCUAACUCUUUGGGAGCUUCAGCUUCUUAUAAAAGGAAGUUGUCUACUAUUCCCAGCAUAUCUCCAUUGAAUGUAAUCAAGAGACGGAGAGAAAUCAGAACUAAACCUUUCGCGAGAAGAGAUAGCAAUGCAGAUAAGCGUCUUAUUCAAAGACUGAAGGUCUCAGGAAUGAUUAGUAGGGGGACUUCUCAGAGACCAUCUCCCACCAGGCUAGGAAGAAGAGCUAUGUAUUCAUUCCAGCAGAACAAUUCAGUUUCAAACAGUAUCAGCUUCACAGAUUGAGUGGUUAAUCUUUAUACCUAAAAUUUUCAU